AUGGGAAAUGACGUUUCCAGGGGCAAGGCUCCCUCGAAAGCCACCUUCAGGAGCAAUCUCCUGGUGGCAGGGUGGCAGAAGAGAAAGUUACCGACCCAGCUCUUCGGCGUGGUGCGCCACGCGGAGCGCGCAGAUGGCGUCUUCGCGUUUUGGGAGGGCGGACGCUGGUCCAGCUCCGAGGAUGGUCGCAGGUUUCCGUUGGAUCCACCUCUCAGUGAUGCAGGCCUAGAACAGGCAGAUGGCAUGGGUGCCCACAUCAACGACUACGCUCAGAAGAAGGAUUCCACCUUCCACGUGGUUGUUUGCUCGCCUUAUUCCCGCUGUGUACAGACCGCAGUGAAGAUUUGCAAACGCUUAGGUCCCAAUGUCAAGAUGCUGAUCGACCUGUCUCUGGGAGAGAUCUAUGGCCCUUCCGUCAUGGGGGAGGAGCAGCCGGUGUCGCAUUUGCGUUCCUUUUCCAUAGCUGUUGAAUAUUGUCGCGCCAAUGGGAUUAGCAUGGUGCCCAAACUGAUUGGUCAAGCGCCCGCCUGGCCGGAGACUCUGCAAGACGCGCGUCGUCGAUUCGCGUUGCGAUUCUUGCAGUACCUGCAACGGGGCAUCGUUGCCAAGCGAAAUUUCCUGAUCAUCACCCACGGGGAUUGCAUUGGCUCAGUGAUGGGCAUCAUGCCAGAUCAGCAGGAUGUCAUGGUGGAGAAGGUAGACUAUGGCGCCAUGAUUUUGGGCGGUGGAAGUAUUCAACACGAUCCACGACCACCUCCCACGCCGAGCAGCACCAAGGCGAUGGCUUCGGUUCUUCCGCUCACUUCGCAGGACGAAGGCAUGGUCGAUGGUAAAGACUUCAGCCACUUUCAGGAUCGGCUGCAAAGCGUGGAGGAAGGACUUGAGGAGCUGGAAGCUUUUCAGGCUUUGGCACAGGAUAAAUGGGCGAUGCCCGUCGCUUCUGGCGAGGCGGAAGUGCCGCAGCUCACGCAGAAGGCCAUGACGGGAUGGAACUGUGAGACCAUGAACGUGGCCACGCGCUCCAAAAAGAGCUCACGGAGUAGUAAGCUGGCAAAGCGCUUGAAUGCCUUGGUCGAGUCUGGUCCCUUCUCCAUGCAGAAAGUGGAGAAGUUGUUGGGUGCGAUUCCCCAAACGCCCCUGGGCGACAGCAGUACGCCCAGCUUUGGCUCCAGUGCGGCCAACAAUACUGGUCAGACCUUAUCGAUGCAGUCGGGUCUCUCGGCCUCCACGGUCCUCUUCGGGCAAAGCGAAGUGGAUUCCGAGGACUUUGGACUCGGUCAUCUCUUAGAUUCUCCUGACAAUGAAGGCAGACAACGUGUUCUGAGCUCAAACCUGGACCUCAAGAGACAUCGACCCGAGGCAAAUCUCCGCUCCGUCUCUGCGGCAGAGAAGCUGUCGGUGAAGAACUACAUGAGUGCAUUGGAGGGAGUUAAAGAAACGGAAGAGAGGGAAAACAGCCUCAAAGCCUCGCAGGCGCCGGCGCCACCUGCCCGAGCAUUCCAGUGGCCAUUUGAGCCAGGUAGCGGCUCCAGAGCCAGAGCAGUCAGUGGCAACAGUCUUCUAAGCGGCAAUAGCCUCAGCCCAGAGCACACCCCAAAGGGAGAGGUCGAUGACAUUCUCUUUGAACCUGCGAAACCAGCACCGCCUUCGGAACCGCUGCACCAGAUUGGCAUUCCGGGCAUUCCGUUUCGUGGUGAUGAUCGCGCGUACUCAGAUGUGAGCGCUGGCGCAGCGGGUUUCUUUUCCGAAAUGGCGAGAGAUUCUGUACAGCUCCUGGGCCUGGAGUAG